GCUUUCUUUCAUCAUCCAAAUCCAUUACUUACUUAAAGCAAAAGAAAAACAAAAACUUAAGAUUAUGGAGAGUCUCUUAAAGUUGUCGACGUUGGUGAUCGUCUGCAUGUUGGUGUCCGCUCCAAUGGCGUCCGAGGCAGCAAUCUCCUGCGGCGCAGUCACUAGCAACUUGGGCCAAUGCAUUAACUACCUGAUGAAAGGUGGUAAAAUUCCCCCAGGGUGCUGCUCUGGUGUACGAAGGCUCAACAGCAUGGCUCGGACCACCAUUGACCGCCAGCAAGCUUGUCGCUGCAUCCAAGGAGCAGCUAGAUCCUUGGGUUCCAAACUUAACCCAGGCCGUGCUGCUAGUCUUCCUCGUGCUUGCAGUGUUAAGAUCCCCUACCCCAUCAGCGCAAGAACCAACUGUAACAA